AUGUCUGGCCGAAAUAUCUCUUACGGCCGUGGAGGCGCCGGCAAUAUCUCCAUGUCCCGCCAGCAGUCCGCCACCACGCCCAGUGACCUCGUCACCCCGACAAUCAAACAAGACUUCUAUACCACCGGUCGUGGAGGCACAGGAAACAUGGUUCACAACGACCCCGAUCGACCGGAGAUCGCGCGUGAAAGCCAGGACGUUGAUUCCCCGCCAUUGCGAGCGGAGCAAUUCCCUCACCACACCGGAAGAGGCGGCGCUGCGAAUGCCUACAUCCCAUCGUCGGAGGAAGAAGAGCGCGCUCGUCAGCAAGCUCACGCCCAGGAAGCCGAGCUUCUGCGAGUGCGCACCCAGUCCAAGGAUCGCAUCAGGGAGGCCGAGCACGAGCGACAGGAGCUGCGAAAUCAGCAAUAG